CGCUUAAGCGACAUAAAAUCCGAGAGAGUAUUGUACUCAAAAACCAUUAUUUAUGAUCGUUACAAAAGUUGCUAGAGAAAAUUAUAUAUAUUUCAAAUAAAACGUAAUAAAUUUUUAUAAUAAUUUCUUAUACCUUAUACUAUAAUAUUUUUUUAUAAUUUUAAUAAAGUACAACUAUUGCUUGUAUUAUGGUGCUGAACGUCGAAAAUCUAAAUAUCAGUGAGUUCAAGUUGUGUAAUGACAUAUAUAUAAUGGUGUAUGUGCGAUAUAAAUGCUUGCCGGAUAGACGCAAAUACAUAGAACAUGUGCACCGAGAGCUACUGUUGCUUCCGAAUAUACGAAGAGAAUAGAGGAAGAGCUCUUGGUACAAGUGCACUGAAUGAGAGUGCGUAAAUGAUUGCAUCAAUUACCAACUGGCGUAUAGGCAAAUUCUCUAUAGAAGCCUAAAUAGCCACAAAGAAGAAGAAGAAGAAGAAGAAAGAAGAAGUUGCCACCAAUUCUGGCGUUAUCUCUGACGCAUGCGCAGCAGAUCUAGAUAUUCAUGAGACUACUCAAGCAGAACAAAAAAUCACAAUAAUAUCAAAAUGACAUCAUAAUGACUAUCAAAAGUCAUUAUGAUGUCACUUCGAUAUCAUUUUGAUGUCAUUUUGAUGUCAUCUUGAUGUCAUUUGAUAUUAUUGUGAUUUUCUGUUCUGCUUGGGUAGGAAUCCCAGUCUGAUAUUUCGGCAAUUUGUAAGUAUCGAAUAAAAUAUAUGAAACGUAAAAUUAAAUAACAAAGAGUGUGUGCGGCUCGAUAUAAAAAUAUAACGAAAUAAAAUAUAAUAAAAAUAAAAUAUAAUUUUAAAUAUUUUAAUCGGCAAUCGUGCUGCGCACAAACAUCGAGACAAAAUACGCUACAUUCGAAUACCUCGUGGAAUACACGCGCGCUGAAGUUUGCGCGGGAAGGCACUUCUAGAACACAUCUCUUCUAGAACACAUCUCUGGAGGCGAUGUGCGCCGAAUCGAGGCUAGACGAUGAGCAUCGCGCGAUUAGCGAACGGUAAUUUUAACGUUUUCUUCCUGCUGCCUUUGUGUCGAGUCGAUUUUCAACUGCAUCUCGGCCUGAAUACGUAAUCCAUAUUAUAUUAAAUUGCACCCUUUCAGGGAAUAUAAUAUCACGUAUCAUUGCGAGAGCUGCCAGCCUCCGGGCGAGGGAAGAGGAUGGAAUUAUGACUUCUUAUCAUAGCGCGCGCGACAGGUCGCUCUACGCAGAUUGCUUAUCUGGUGUAUGGUACUUGCUACACGCGCGUGCGAGAAGAGGAACCGGAAUGAGAUUAUCGUCCAACAAGAAAAACAAAUGUCUUUAUCCCUGAUCCACGCACUUUGCAAGAAAGAAACGCUUUUAUCUUCGGAAUCAUGAUCAGAUUUGCGAUUAUCAUCCUUGCGAUUAAUCUGGUGAGUGGCCAGCUCAACUACGAGGGAAACCCGUUCACGGAAUACACCGAGUACGUUGCCGAAGAGAGCAAUCUUUCUGAAAAGUCUGCCAGGAAGAAUGACGUCUCAUUUGAUCUCUCGAACUCCGGAAUACCAUCGCCUUCCCAGAAACUGUAUCCGAUUGUGGAGUCUGAAAUCGACAAGCAUCUGCAGCAAGUGACGGAACCCGACAAUCUUCUCACAGAUAAAUCGCAGAAACAAACUUCAUUUUCGAUCCAGGCCUUCCGAUCGAACGGCACGGAUACGCAUUCCGCUCGACAGUUACAGAUUUCUUCCGAUCAGAAUUCAGCAGAGAUCGCGCUGAACACGUUCCUGAACUCCAAAACACCGGAAGAGUCCCGCUUGUCUCUCGAUCACUAUCUUCGCAGCCAACACUCCCCGAACGCUCAAUCUCGAUCCUCGAACGCAAUCAUCAGUCAGAAUAGAAAAGCGAUCGAACCAACGAUCGAUGUUCAACGGUCAUUGAACUCCCAAGUCGAACAACAACAGUCAUCGAUGAUUCCUCAGGUGAACCAGCAGCUGACGUCGCAAGUGAACCAGGGUCAACUGGCGCCGCAGGGACAAUUGGCGUCGCAGGGCCAGCUGAUGCCGCAGGACCAGCUAGUGCCGCAAAACCAGCUGGUGUCGCAAAACCAGUUGGUGCCACAAAACCAGCUUAUGUCGCAGGGCCAGCUGUUACCGCCUACAGGACAGGUUUACGACUACGUGGGGCAACCGCCUCCGAUUCAGCCCGUAAUCAGGGCACCUGCGGGAGUCACUUUGGGACAGGGGAUGAUGCAGUCUGUACCGUUUAUGCCCGGCUUUCACACCAGGAACGACAUGAUAACGCCAGCGAUGUGGCGAGAGAGGAUGAGGAGAAUUCGCGGGCAGCCGUUCCCCUUUGCGCAACCUAGGCUGGCACCAGGAUUGUAUAAAGGAGCGAUCGCAGUUCCCUUCAAGCCCAAGGCCCCGAUCGAGGUGAUUUAUACGAAGCCACCAGGUUUCCAUCGAGGACCGCCCCUCAUCAGUAAUCCACCGAUUCCUUACGAGGAUGCGAGCGCCUGGUAUCCCGACGCCGAUCAUCCGCCAUCUCACAAGGACAUCUAUUAUUCGCAGCUGUAUUCGCAAUCCUACGAUCCUCAUUAUUACAAUUACAUUGCCGCGACCGGGAAGAUACGGCCGUAUCUCUACGGGAAGUUAGGUAAGCGUGAAGAGGAGAAGGAUGAUGGCAUCUGGUCGGAAUUAUAUCGUGGCUUUACGAAGCACGGCCUGAAGAACAUCAUGACGCCGACCUUCUUGUUGAGCAUGACGCUACCAGUCGUGACUCUGAUGCUCUCCGCCCUCGUGCAAAAGCGAUCUCUCGCGCGAUCGGACGGGGCGAGGGAGCUGGACCAGGACGCUCUACAAGAAUAUCUCGAGAGGUUGCAGAGGGCGAUGGAGUGUUACGCCGGCAGGACCUCACAAGACGCGAAACUAGAUGGGUGCUAGAAUUAAAAAUCCAUUCUAAUGCUGGAUGAGCCGUUGGACGGAAUAAUGGCGUGACUUAAACGGGAUAAAGUAAUCCGAUCUUAAUGUCAAUGUAAUACGAUAAGAGUUGCAUUAAUUAUUCAGGCAACUAAAUGCGAGUAAUAAUCUGAAAAAUUAUUUUAAUAUUCAAACAGAAUAUGUCAUAUAGUGAAUGUAAUAUUCUCUGGUUACUCUUUUAUUACGAAUAAGACUAUUUAUUAUUGACGUUGAUGUGACUAGGACCGGGCGAUUUUUCCGCGCAACACUUACUGUGCUUCUAUUUCAUUCGACGGCUCAAAUGAUGUGGCCGUUUGAUUCUAAGAUUUAUUUAUGAAAAUCACGUCUGUUAAAAUGAAAAUCGAAUAGCCACAUUUUGCAAUAAAUAUAUGGUGAGAAUAUGGAUUAUUGGUGCUUAAAUUGCAAUAAAGAACAUUAAUAUUGCGCGUGCUUAGUAGAGGUAAAUGUGUAAAAUGCUUUUAAGCGGCCAUGCUGACUAACAGGUGUGAUAGUUGCAACCUAUCAUUUUCUGAUAUGUCACAGAUAUGUCCUAGAUAUUUUGUUAAGAAACAAUUCAUGAGAGGUUGCCGUUCAAUUCUUAAUAUCAUGAAUUUUUAGAAGUUGCGUAGAAACAUAAUUUAUCAAAGACAUCUUGAAACGGCAAGAAUUUGUAAAUGACAUCGCGAGAGAUAAGGAAUUAAUAAGUAAAUUAUGGCGUAUAAAUCACAUAACACGUAAAAUGUAAAAAUGCAUUUAAAAAUCAAUAAUUUUAUAAGCGAAGAGAAAGGUAUCCGUAUAAACAUAUUUAAUUUCUAUCCAAUGGAACGAUCUCGUUUCCCAUAAUUCGCGCGAAAAAUAGAUUGUUGUUUUUCGCACGAAUUAUACUCCAACUCUCGCGAUACGACAAAGGCCUAAUGAUACAUACACGAAUCCACAAUGUAUUAUUAGUAUUACGCAAGACCGGCGUCUCUGGUCUCUCUUCUGUCUGUCGCAAGUCAUUACUAAUGAAAGAAAAAAAAACUACUAAAAUAAUUCUUCAAUCCUUCAUGUGCAGCUUAAAUUUAGGAGAAUUAAAUAACGUAAGGCAAAUCUCUCAGAGAUUUGCAUUAAAUAUAUCGUGUAUAUACAUAUAACGUGUACUUAAUAUAUAAAAAUACAUAACAUAUAUUGACGUUUAAC